CCCCAUUCUUACCCAGGCCCCCAUACCUCUCACUCAAAUCACCACCAUCGCUCGCUCUCAUACCACCCUCCUCCUUCAUCUGCACUCAUUCAAGCAAACUAAAGUCCCUCUAUUGAUCUGUAAGGCUUUUUUCUGCUAUUCAGUCCAUGAAUGACGGCGGCGCGAAGAUGAUGAACGUCCGACGAGAAACCGCGGCGACAAUGCAUACACAGCAGGGUAGCAUAGAACUCCCCGAACUGUAUUCAUCACCAGCGACGGCGUUCUACACCCCGUCGAGGGCAUCGGUCGUUAUUCCUGUCUAUAGCAACGAGCAGCUGACCACGACGGUCCCUGCUCGCCGCCACUAUGAAGGCAGUCCCGACGAGUCACAUAGUACGGGAACUAUACACCAAUAUAUCGCAUCCCCGCCACCUGCUCUGGGUAAACUACGCCAUCAUCACAUCCCGCUGCCAUCCCAGACAGGGAUCGAUAUUCGGAUAGUGUUACAUCCAUUGUUACGGCCAACUUGCCAUGAGGAGAUGUUGAUGGAACUCGACUUUGCUGCUCAGAGUCUGUCGGGCGUACGCGUUCUCGGCCAUGAGGGCUGCGUGAACGGGGCAGCAACCAGCCCCCCUCUUCCGUCACUGGCUAUUGUCCACCCAAAGCUUCCGUGGCCAGUAGUCAUUCAGAGAUCGGGUGAUCGAGAGUGGGUGACGGUCGCCGAUGUUGUCGAGACAUUAUGGCAUGCAAUGCACAUACGCGACCCCAUAACGCCGCCGUCGCCGUCGUCGCUGUCGCUCCUCAAAAAUCAGAACAAUGAGCGAUUGACCGGUAGCGGGAUGUCGGGUUGUACAGAGCGAGAGGUUGUCCUCCUGCCCAGAUUGGCAUAUCUGAAGGGAAAGACACGGUUUAUGGGACUCCACGCCAUUGAAGGCGACACCUGGGAACUGCUCGUCGCGUAAAGCGCGCCUAUGUAGGUUUGUAAUAUUUAUUCAAUGUAACUGUACAGACUCGGCCGUAUGCACUACAAACAUGUAUCAGUUACGUUUAACAGAUAAAGACAAUGGACUAAAAAAAACAAUGCAUUUUCAUUUGUGAGUGCCAGUGCAUGAAAGGGCGGUCGCAGUCGACUUCGAGAGUACCAGACUUGGUUAGCGUCGAUUC